CUAUUCUUCAAAAGACCACCAGAACGUCUGAGAUCUGGACUACGAUGGAGCUCGUCGCGCGCGUUCUAGCCCACAGCCUGCCGGUGCUGGUGGUGAUUCUCGUCGGCUAUUGGAUGGGGAGUGGACUCACAGCCUACGCAGUGACAGACGGCAUAGUGACUGCUAAAGACACGUCAGGAUUUUCAUGGAGUCACGGAGACGCACGUGUGUUUAACUGGCACCCGCUGCUCAUGAGCUUCGGCUUCGUCUUCUGCUCGAUGCAAGCAGCACUGGCUUACAUCUCAUUGCCCUUCAGCCACGCAGUUAACAAGCGUAUCCACUUGUCGCUGCAUGCUCUGGGCUUCCUGAGUGCAGUACUGGGCGCUGUGGCUGUCUUCCGCUUUCACAACGAGCAUAGCAUCACCAAUCUCUACAGUCUUCACAGUUGGCUCGGACUCGGUGUCUUGAUCCUGUUCUCCGCCCACUGGUUGGGCAGCUUUAUUGUGUUUUUCUAUCCUGGUGCCGAGAAGAACGUUCGUGCGUCUAUCGCUCCGUAUCACAUUGGAAUCGGAUUGUCGAUUAUUGGACUCGUAGUCGCGACUAUCGAAGCCGGUAUCUUGGAGAAACUCGCGUUCAACGGGAGCUGCAAUGUCAACGGCGAGCUGAACGGGAAGACUGUGAAGGGCUACAUGACGUCGGAUUGUGUUCUGGGUAACGUCAUCGGCUUGUUGGUGGCAUUGAGUCUAGUGGCGCUGGUCGUCACGAUCUGGCAUGCGAAGCACCAGGAACCAGCGAAGCAGGUGGGGGACGAAGCCACUCCAUUGUUACUGGGCAGCUCGGGUGAUGAAAAGACUGAGAUCUCUGUCUGAAUGUCUUCAAAGGACAAAGCGCAGUUCUCCAUCGGACUUACUGUGCAUCACAGUUUACAUUAGUCCAGUCAAGUAGACAGUGGACCAAUAACACGGUGUUUUAGGCAAUAUCCGGGUUAUUUGCUGCUUUAUCCGUCAAGGUCAAUAGUUGAAUUGGACGGCGUAAUUAACUCCUAAGUGUACACACACGUUAUUAGUAGAGUUAAGGUGAAAUGAGCAAUUUUGCUUACCAUAGUGCAUCAGCGGCAUGUGUAAGAUGAAUACAGUCCAUACAAAGAGAUGACCUUGUACAGUACACA